GUAGUAGAAGUUUUUUUUCUUUCUUCAUUUUAGAUGUGCGGCUCCCAGUGUUUUCUUUUCCGUGGAAACCGGGUUCAAAUGGCUCUUUCGGUGUCAAAGGUUGCCGACCGCUGUUAUAGAACAUUCAACGCCAAGGCGUGCGUGGCGCAAAUGAUGGAGAGCGCGUGUUGCCGCGUCCCGCUGGCGUGCUGUCGGCCUCGCGUCCUCAUCCUGCACGCCCUCUUCUGGGGGGUCGUGGCCCUCAGAGUGUUUGGAGCCGCCUUGCUAGCUGAAGACAAACUUGCAGCAGCCAAGGUCGCCGUCGUCCCCUGCUGGCUGCUGGAGGAGUUUGUGGUGACGGCCGAGUGCGCUCAGUGUGACGCCUUCCAGACGAAGACGCGGCCGGCGUGUGGCCAGACGGGGUACGUGGAGAAGGUCAACUGCACCAAGUCCAACCGAGACGACUACAAGAGCUGCCGCUCGGCCGUCACGGAGGAAAGCUUCUUCUGGAAAUUCGAGGGGGUCAUGUUGUCUGGGACGGCGCUGUCGGCCAUCUUGGUGGUCCUGCGUCAGCGUCGGCUGGACCGCCUCGCCUCGGACAAAGUCCGGCGACAGAUCGAGUCCAUCUAGCGGCGUCCUCGUCCUGUUCGCAAAGACAAAUUCACCGGAGUUGGAGAAAAAUUGACACGAGAAUUGGGACGUGGUGAUCUUCAUAGCUGGGACGCGGCUAACGAACGGACCUUCGUGCUACUCGGAAUGACGGCGGAGACGCGCUUGCCGGGAGGUCCGACGGGGAGAGCGGUUCUGAACUUUGGACGAAAUGACCAGGCCUAGAACUUUUUUUUUUUUCCUCCCCAAACCCGAUGGCGGCGGUUUGAUUUGCAGUUUGAUCCUUCAGAAGCGGUGACUUCUUCUUGGAUCUUUUUCUGUACAAAAUUCACUGUUUACCUUCAAUUUUCAUUGCUUUUAGAUGGAACCGGAUAAAAAAAAAAAGAAAAAAUGGGUAAUAACACUUUUUUUUUUUUUUUUUUACAGUUUGAGAUUAAUUCUCCUGCAGCCAGCUGCAAGGGUGUGCCCCCUUUUUGCUUACAAACAAAAAGCAUGAGGAAAACUGUCGUGGGAUGUUGACACGAUGAUCACUUCCACUGUUUGUCGUGGAUCAAGAUGAUGAAUUUAUUUGUAUAAAAAGAAGUCAUGUUGGAAAUAGAACAUCAUAAAAAGAAAAGAUGAAC